AUGAAGAGCGGGCCUGUUCGGAAGGCCCCGCGCGGCAAGAAGAAACCCCCCCCGGGGGCGGCGGCGGUGCCCGAGGCGGGGCUGGCGGGGGGCAGGAAAGGCACCGCGGCGCCGGUCGAGUGCCCCACGUGCCACAAAACCUUCCUCAGCAAAUACUACCUGAAGGUGCACAACAGGAAGCACACUGGAGAGAAGCCCUUUGAGUGUUCCAAGUGUGGUAAAUGUUAUUUUAGAAAAGAAAAUCUCCUAGAGCAUGAAGCCAGAAAUUGCAUGAACCGAUCCGAGCAGGUUUUCACGUGCUCAGUCUGCCAAGAGGUAUUCAAGAGGCGGAUGGAGCUGCGGCUGCACAUGGUGUCGCACACCGGGGAGAUGCCCUAUAAGUGCUCCUCCUGUGCGCAGCAGUUCAUGCAGAAGAAGGACCUCCAGAGCCACAUGAUAAAGUUGCACGGCGCCCCAAAGCCCCACGCGUGUUCGACUUGCUCCAAGUGCUUUCUGUCUCGGACAGAGCUACGUUUGCACGAGGCGUUCAAGCACCGGGGAGAGAAGCUGUUUGUCUGCGAGGAGUGCGGACACAGAGCCUCAAGUCGCAAUGGCUUGCAGAUGCACAUCAAGGCCAAGCACAGGAACGAACGCCCCUACGUUUGCGAGUUCUGCCAUCAUGCCUUCACGCAGAAAGCCAACCUCAACAUGCACCUGCGCACGCACACCGGCGAGAAGCCCUUCCAGUGCCACCUCUGUGGCAAGACCUUCAGGACACAAGCAAGCCUGGACAAGCACAACCGGACCCACACAGGGGAGCGCCCCUUUAGCUGUGAGUUCUGCGACCAGAGGUUCACGGAGAAGGGGCCCCUCCUGAGGCACAUUGCCAGCCGACACCAGGAGGGGAGGCCCCACUUCUGCCAGAUCUGUGGGAAAACCUUCAAAGCGGUUGAGCAGCUGCGUGUCCACGUCCGCAGGCACAAGGGAGUGAGGAAGUUCGAGUGCACCGAGUGCGGCUACAAGUUCACGCGGCAGGCUCACUUGAGACGCCACAUGGAGAUUCACGACCGUGUGGAGAACUACAACCCCCGGCAGCGGAAGCUGCGAAACCUGAUCAUCGAGGACGAGAAGGCGGUGGUGGUGGCCCUGCAGCCGCCCCAGGAGCUGGAGGUGGGCUCAGCCGAGGUCAUUGUGGAGUCCCUGUCCCGCGGCUCCCUGCCUGAGGAGAUCCCUGUGCAGAGACUCUGUUCAAACGAGACCUUUUCUACGGCAGAUGUGAUAGAGCAGUCACUAAUAAUAACAACAGCAAUUCCUGAUGACUGUGAAACGUAGUGCGGCUGCACGCAUCCUUCCUACCAAACACAAUACAGUGUUAGGCUGGAGUGACGCUCUGCUACACUUGUUCUUUUCAGCCUCCAGGGGCUUCAAGUCGCACGUCCAGCCUCUCUCCCUCCUCCUGUUUAAAGAUCCUACCCCCAGGUUGCAGGGAAAGUUCCUAAUGAAGUGAUAAUUGGGUAUCAAAUUAAGAAAUAUGAAGCUACUCAGAAUGACUACUUAAAUGUACAUACAUCGUAUUGGAUGGGAUGUGAUUGACAACUCCGUAUGUGUAAUACUGUGAAUUGCUUUUUAAUGAGCUCUCAUUUGUGACCAGAAGGGAUAGCUGGCUCACCUCCCAUUUCUACAGUGCUAGCUCUUACCUUGCUCCAUUAGUUCUACGUUUGAGUCUGAAUGCUCAUGAUUAAAGUUUACCUUCCGGAAGAGUGUGUGACUGCCCCUUUCCUUAAAUGUGUGCUGAAAGGACUGUGUCCUCAAUUAAAUUUGUGCCUUAUUCCUACUUGGUUCUGUCAAGCUUCUGCUACUUAUUUCUGUUUCUUUACUACAUUAAAGGCAUGGUGUGAUCUUGUAUCUUCUCACCAUUGAACUAAUUUAGCUGUUACUCAGCUUGAAACAGUAGGAUUAGCUCAAGGAAGUGGGUGAUUCUCUAAGCUCCUGUUUUUAGAUGUGGGGAUUUAUACUUGUAAAUAGUAUUUUUCUGAAAUAACACAAUCCAGGGUUGCUGUCACAUUGAAAACCAUUUCCCGAGUGUUUCUGUGGGGUGGCGGUGGAAUGUUAUACCUGAAACUGAGCACACGUAAGGAUUCAUGUCCCACCCAGCCUCGGUCCCCUUUCCCUUUUGUACUCACCAAACAGGCAGCGCUACCAUUUAAAUGCACCUCAGGCUUAGAAUGAGAAACAUCUCAGCAAAAACUUGUUCUAGUAAUCUUUCUGUUGAAAAACAUAGAGAUUUAUGUAACGUUUUAUUUAUUUAACUUGACUGCUGCAAGUAAAUUUAAAAACAAAUUAUGAGAAUAAAAAUACAUUAUCUGUAAAUGUAAAA